GCUGGGGUGUAAAAUGGAGCAUAUUGACGUGCGACUGACAACAGACGCUGCGUAAAUCCCACAUUCACUCCUGUUCCACACGGAUCGCAUGUGCUGAAGCGGGACUCGAGAGGUGUGUGUGUGUGUGUGUGUGUGGAUAGACGUGUGUGAGCGUGUGUCCGCUGGCACUUUGACACCCGAACGCAUUGUGCGCGCACGGUUCCGCUCAGACAGGCAGACAAGUCAAGUACGAGAAAGCCGCGUGUCAUUAAAAUCUCGUCUACGGAGCCUCCGCUGAUCGCGCGCGUCAUUACGCUACAACUACAACUCCUCGCGGCGUUUUAGCUGCCGCCGCCGUCGACGGAACCCCAAAGGCGCACACACCGAGCGAGGCGCGCGCAAAGGUGCGAGAAGGACAGGCCAGUCGCUUGGGGACAAUGGGACCGUCCCCGCGCUGUUAACCAGGCGAGAAAUCACACACGCAAAAAAAAAAAGCGGCAUGACCCAAACGGAGCUGGUCUGAACUGCGAGGGGGAUCCGCCGUGGAUUAAUUGCGGCCGCAUCUGACCGGUGAGAGGAAGGGAAGAAGAUCCGAUCUUUUUUUUUUUUUUUUUUAUCAGCGUGUCCAAGGGGAAAAGCUAACCCGCACCAUGGGUCGUGGAGACAGCCGUUUGGAGACCUGGCAGGUGCUGCUGACCAUCUCCAUGCUCAUCAUCCCUCUGUUUGCACAUAACGGGCGGCAUUCACUGGCCAGACGCCAUCCUCACCACAACCACUCGUCCGUCCACAAGGAGGCCUUGGACACCAGGAUGGUCCUCAGUGACGACUCAGCAGAGCGUGAGCACCUGAUUGGGGCUGGAAUCGGUGCCAGACUCCCGCUCAGGUCCACCAGGCAUCACCACUUCCACAAGCACCAUCACAUGGAUUUUGUGGAGGAGGACCAGCAUGGGGAGGAGCUAACAGCGGGAGGGGCGGGGCCAGACCAUCCCGGGAACCCGCUAUCCGAUGACGUAAUCACGGUGGCGUUUCACAGUCCGGCGCCAGAUGUUGUGCCCGCCGACGUCACUCUGGAUUGGGCGAAAACCCCCAAAGCUCAAAAGCAGAAAGGCGGAGACCCCAAUAAGUGGACCCUGAAUGAUUAUUACGACUACCUGUCUUCUGACAACGACGUCUCGGCGGUAGAUACUACCCCAGAACCUGAACCCACCCCUUCACCUCCGCCUGACAUGCUGGAUGAGAAUCCGCUCCUGACAGGUUCUCCGGCUGUCCGCGAAAAUGUAAAGCCAAACUCCAACAGCGGGUCGUCUUUGCCGGCCCCUCCUAUGCAGGGACCGGACAACAACGACGGACUGGGCGUAGGUGGGGCCAUGGGUGCGGACGGCUGCAGGCUGGGCUUUCUGCUGUCUGGCCCAGGAGUUUGCGUCUCUCAGUGCGACGUUGAACCAAACUUUUGCUUCAAUGGAGGGGUGUGCACCGUGGUGGCAGGAACGGGAGCCUUCUGCAGGUGCAACGUACAGGACUACAUCUGGAAUAAGGGCCUGCGCUGCGAAUGGGCCGUCACAGAGUUCCAGGUGCUGUGCGUGGUGGUGGCCGUGGCCUGUUUCGUCUUCCUCCUGCUCUUCAUGAUCGUCGUCUUCUUCGCCAAGAGCCUGUACCGCCUCAAAAACGAGAACAUGCGCCUUCGCAAACGCAGUAAGUACCGCCACCAGAGCAGCGAGCCGCAGACGGAUGGCCUCUCGGUGUCGACGACAGCUGACGGGUCACAGCCAAAUGUAAGAAAACUGUGUGACACCCCUCCGCCUGCCCCCCAAGCUCAUACUCACAACCUGGCGUACUAUGACAACAUUAUCUGUCAGGAUGAGCCUCACAAGAAAGAAAACCAAGCAAAGUCCCCUCAGCCCAAGGAAGAGGGGUCUAUGAACAUCCUGAACUCCCACUCCCCCAAGCAUGAGAACAACCGCCCCGCUUCUGUCGUCCACGGCCACACCCCCAACAACACUGAGGAAAACGCGGAGGAUGGCGUCACCAUUGGCCUGGAAGUGCUCCUACCCAAAGAGGCCAAGCUCCACUCGGAAGUCAGCCCACCCCUUCAGUACGAUGUCUUCCUCUACAAGGUUGCCAACAAUGGAGACUCUACCUCUCGUGGCCAGGGAACUGCCCCUAACUUCUCCAUCUCUCAUCCCAUUCCAAAAUCACCCAAAACACCCAAAUCACCUAAACCCACCACGGAGCACCCGUGCCAUAGUCAGGAACCCAUAUCUGGGAGGCACUCCUCACCCAACCGUCACUCCUCAGCGGGUGGCCACCCAUCACCCAGUCGCCACUCAGCCCCCGGGUGUUAUUCCUCCCCUGCCUGUCACCCUGCCUCCCCCCAUGCCUCCUCCCACCAGAAAUGUCUCCCCACCCUCUUGUCUACCCCGCCUCAGCUGCGCAGCCCUCGAGUAGGAGCUCCCAACUCGGGGCGCUCUGCGAGGUGGAGAGACUACCAGAGCGGACCCAUCCGCUCAUCUCCUUCCUCACCGCAUCUCAGCCAGCCUCCUUCAUCACCAUCCAGGGCAAGGUGCGGCGCAGUCAGCACCCGUUCUCUGCCACCUCUCUCCUGACCAAAUGUCUCCUCCAUCCCAAACAUCUACACAUCUAAACGCACAAAAAUCUGUCUUAAUCCAACCCCUGUGGUCCAUUUUGAACUUUUCGUAUUAGCACUCUGUAGCUCUUUUAUAUACUACCCAUCUGUGCACCCUCAACAAACACAUGUUACCCAGAGGGAAAAGGACAUUACCUGGUUCACAAAACUGGAGCUGUAAACUACAAACACAAAUCAUUCUGUUGUUGCUGCCACCUCAGAUAUUGUCUUUGAUGCAAAUAACAGGCUUUCUAUGCUCAGGAUUAAACCACCUCACAAUGAACAGUUGCCACUCCUAUAGCAUGGUGCCAAUGUCAGCAGAGGCUGGGGGUGCAGCUCAAAAAGGCUUCAUACUGUUGUAAACUGUUUUAUAUGA